CAUUUGGUUACCGUUCUCAAAUAUGUUUGGUGAAUAACCUUCAGGCAGUGGGUUCUUCGUGACGUAUUCAUUUCAUUUCCUUGGUUUCGCUAUUUUUGUUCUGUGAUUGCUCAUUGAGUGUUACCAGUAGUUGCCUGAAAAUUUGUUUGUAUGCUGUCUUGUAUCUGUCCUGAGCUACUUCUGCAGCUAAAUGCAGUUCAGAAAUGGUGGUUCUUAUCAUGCUUAAAUGCACAUAAUCCUUGAUGAAGAGUUUGUUCUUUGCACUGUGAUAGCUUCUGAUCAGGAUUUGAUUUCUGUUCUGUGAAGUCAAGUAAAAUAAAAUAAGAAAGAUGACAAAUGGGUAGAACAGCAAAAGUGCUUGCCCUGAAGCCUUUGUGAAGGCGAGUCUUUUUCAAUUAGUGCCAGAAUGUGGAGCCACAGCUCUAAUAUAAUUGAAUAAAAGCAGAGAAACAAAGGCCAACCCCCCCGGCUCUCCCCAUUCUAUACCCGACCAAGUAAAAUAGAAGAAAGAAGCAGUACCAAAGUCCUCCUUAUCAGAGUUUUUUUUCUUGCCAAACAGUAUUUCUUAAAAAAAAAAAAAAAGAAAAAAAAAGAAAAAAGAAAAAAAAAAAAAGUAUUUUAUUUUAGGAGAGAAAGUCUGCACAUAAGAGAGAACCUGAAUUGCAGAGUAGCUUGGAUGUGAACCAAACACUCUAAAGUCCAAACGUGAUGGGUUCCGAAAUUGUUUCAGCUGAAGGCGUCAUUCAAGUAUAAUCUUUGGAUUCAUACCUCUAGGUUAUACAGUGUCUUCUCUUGAAAUUUAGUUUACAUCAGCAUCAGAUGUGUUUUCUGCCUAAAUUAAGAUGUUAGUAUUUUGGAUACCUCAGAAGAAUGUUACAUGAAUAGAUGCAUUAACAGUACAGUUUUUGAAUAUAAGGAUCAUGGGAGUCAUAUGAGAGUUUGGCAGAUACCUAUCUAGAAAGCAGGUUUCUUCUAAGGAAAUACAGAUCUGCUUUCAAGCUUCAGUCUUGUGUAAACGUCACGCAGUGGGAUGCAGCUCAGCCUGCAAACAUGAUCUGGGUUUAUUACGACUCCGAGUGGCCACAUCUUGGUUCUCCUUAGAAGAUGGCCCCCUCCCCACGAAGUGCCACCGCUCUCUGCAGGGGCCGGACCCCUGCCCAGUGAAAGCUGGCUCUGGAAUAAAGAGAGUUUGUUUUUUGGUGUCUUGUGGUGUUUGGUUUGGUUUCGUUUUUUACAUGAUUAAGUGCCUGUUGUCCCUGGUGCUGAAAUAGUAUUAUCUUACUGAUUUUGGUAAAACUCUGUUACAUAGUGAAACCCCACGAUUUGCUUGAAAAGCAACAUUAUAACUUUCUGCAGUCACAAAGUGGAAAAUUAAUUAACAGCAGGACUUGCAUAGUCCGCGUGAACUCCUGAGAACUUACUCUUGUUUAAUUAAUAUUAAUUUACUAUUUAUAAAGUGAUAAAAACAUUCUUGUGGCUUAUGUUACAACUGCUUUUAAUUCUGGAGGCAUUUUAAUCAGUUUGCAUGACAAUUUUUGUCAACACCAGGUAAACAGGACCUUUAAUAUGACCUACCCUGUUGAGACUAGAUAACGGGCUAGACUGGGAAAUAAUAUGCAAACUCGUUUCUCCCCUCUUAUCAGAAGAGAUCCGUUCCCAAAGUGACAUAGAUAUUGUUGGUGUAGGUGAUACCUUUAACCGUGACAUCACUUUAAACCCCAGGGCAGCACUUACACCCUUGGGAGUGUAUUGCUGCUGAAGGGAACGACUUGAGCUGAAAGUCUGAGACUUCACAUUGGAUAUCCUUCUUCUCGGGGGAGCAAAGCUGAUGGGUUUUUUCAAUAAUCUCUUAUUUUUACCGACUUGCACUCAGGAGCACUGAAGCGACUUUUUUUUUUUUUUCUCUCCUGGUCUUCAAUUUUUUUUCCCUUAUCCUUGUUUGUUCCUCCCCCUCCCUUUCACUUGACACCUGUCCCUACCUUUGGAGGAUGAGAUAAGCAGAGGACUCUGUCCUUGUAAGAGACGAGGAGCAGAAUAUGCCCGCACAAAGAGGGCCAGAGCAAGACUCAAACCUCUCCUGGGCAGGCACAGGCAGGUGUGGGAGAGCUCCUUUGCUGCAGGUUGCUUUCUGGAGUGCUGUUGGUGGGGUUUGGUCACUGUAGCGAGUGCAAGUGGAAGCAGGUUCAUCUCUUUUUUUGUUGUUGUUUUUUGAGUCAUCAUGCUGCAGCAAAUUUUGCGUGAUAUGUAUAUUGACCCUGAGCUCCUGGCAGAGCUGAAUGAAGAACAAAAGCAAAUCUUGUUCUAUAAAAUGAGAGAAGAGCAGCUGAGGCGCUGGAAGGAGAGGGAAGAAAAAGCACCAGUGGAGGAGGCUGUGCUGAGAAAGACAGCGAGGCGGAACCAGAGUAACAGCAAACAUGUGCAGUGGCUGCGUGGGAAGGAUGGUGAGGUCUGGGUCUGGGUAAUGGGAGAAGCCCCCGGUGACAAGCCGUAUGAACAGAUAUCAGAGGAGCUCAUAGCAGAGCGAGCCAGGCAACAAGCGCAGAAGGAGGCAGAAGAACUAUGGAGACAAAAGGAGGCUGAAAUAACAAAGAAAUUCCGGGAUGCUAUGGCUCAAGAAAAAGCCAGAAUAGUGGCAGAAAAAUGGAAAAUAGAAAUAGAAGAUCGGAAAGCUGCCAAAUUGGAGGAGGAAAAAAUUCAGGAGGAACUGAAGAAAAGAGAAGAAGAGGAAAGACAAAAGGGUGAAGAACAAAUAAGGCAACAGGAAGAAAUCCGAGCAAAGGAGUUGUAUCUAAGCCUUAAGCAAGCUCAGCAGCAUAGUCAACACAGCGAUGAUGACCAGGAGUGGGAAGAACAGUUGCGCCGCUCCAAAGCUGCAGAUGAGGAAAGGAGCCACAAAGCACGCAGGGCCCGGGAUGAAUACCGACGACAAUCCUUGCGUGCCAUCCAGAAGGGAAGAGUGGCUGGCCUGAGUAAUCUGUUCCAGGGGACAAGGCUGAAUAAUGAUCAGGAGAUAAAACUGCACAGCAAUAGUGCAAGUUCUUUGCUGCCUCUCUCUGCAGCAUCCAGUAACAUCUGGGAGCGUCCUUCCAGACCCUUUUCCCGAGAUGUCAUCAUUCGCUGGUUCAAAGAAGAGCAGAUCCCCCGACGUGCUGGGUUUGAGAGGAACACCAACAGGAUUGCUCAAUGGUUUCAUGGUAUUAUCAGCCGCCAGGAGGCAGAAGAGUUGUUGAUGAAUAAAUCUGAAGGAACAUUCCUAGUGCGGGUCAGCGAGAAGAUCUGGGGCUAUGCAUUGUCUUAUCGCCAGCAAAGUGGGUUCAAACACUUCCUGGUUGAUGCUUCGGGGGAUUUUUACAGCUUCUUGGGGGUAGAUCCAAACCGACAUGCAACACUGACAGAUCUUAUUGAUUUUCACAAGGAAGAAAUUAUCACAUCCUCAGGGGGGGAGCUACUACUGGAGCCAUGUGGACAGCAGAGGAAUCCGCCAGACUACAGCCCUUUAUUUGAAUAACGGAUCCAGGACUAACAGGAAUGCAUUCUGGAUAUCUGUAGUAAUAGAUAGCUACAAAAUUAAACAUUGAAAAAUAGUUAACAAACUUUCAAAGCCACUGGUCUUGUGGCCAAAAAUUAUCCUCAUUAGAAGGCCCAAAAUUUUUCUGGUUUGCAUCUGAAUUAUCAUCAUUAUUUGUAUUGCUAACAUUUUAAAGGUGAGAAAAUACUGGCACAUUACAAAUGAGGACUGUUCCCAGAAAUUUUUCAAGGGGUUGUGGCCAAUUGCGCUGGAUGCUAAGUUCCUAUCUUAAUUUUCUUAAUGUCUGAGAUUGAAAAUGCAAAAUGCAGCAACAAGUAUGGGCGGUAACUACUCACAGUAUUGUAUGAAGUUCCGGUAUUGGAGAACAGAUUCUUUUUUCCAAAGAAAGGUUUGCCGGUUGGUGCACUUUUGAUAACAAAAGAGACAGUCUUAGAACAUCCUUUUGCAGUUUGUGAUUGCUUAAGUGGUUAGGUGUAGCUGGAAACUUGCCAUCUGUUUUUGAGUUCAGGCCUACAAAGUUCCCCACAGUAGAGACAGAAUAAGGUCAUUCACAUUUUAUUUACAAUUUCAUGCAGUCCAACAGCCUUGGAAAGAAUUUUACUCCUGGACAGAAAGUGGUCAGUUUAUUCUGAACUAGUUAUUCUGAUGAAAGCAGUUUGAUUUGCAGUAACAACAGCUCCUCUCACUGGCCUUGUCAUGUUUUCUGCCUUCUGCUGUGCAAGAUACGUGCUGGAGAUUCCUAGCUUUACUUUGCUAUAGGGCCAGGUAUUUUUCCGUAGCUAAGCUAUGAGUGAAGGUGAGGGUGGUAUAUUUAUCCAUAGAAAAGAUACAACUAAUUAUAUUAUCAUUAUGCUAUUUCAUGGGUUUUUUUUUUAAAAAAAGCCACACAAUGUGUUCUUGAUCCAUUUGUUAUACGUACUAAAACCCAUGAAAACAGAGUUUUAGUCUAGAUCUGUGGAGCAGUUGCUUAGUGUUUGGACUAUAAGCAAAAUAAUCUCAUCACAGUAGUUGACUUGCCCUCCUGAAAUUUGUGUCUUAGCAAUCCUUUCACUCCGGGCUGACACACGGCAUAGAUAUGGUCCUGUAUUGUUUUACUGGUGAGCUGGAUACUAUUGAGGCAGCCAGUUCAGGAAAUGUAGUUAAACUGUUACUAUUACCUUCCCGUGCUCCUUGCUCUGUUCCCAUGAAUGGCCAGAUAGAUAACUGCUGGGUAUAGAAUUGUUCUUUUCAGUUCCCAACAUCUGUUUUGCAGGGCAACGUUUCAAGUAACAGGGUUGUGACGGUUUUGUAUGCAACUGAUUUGUUUGAGUGAGGUGGGACGUGAGGGAAAUAGUUGUAUACCUAUUGCAUAGUCUCAUAGUCAUGCCUUUAACAGGCGGUUUCUCAGUACCUUUUUGUAUGUGAUGUGUAUUUUGAGAUGUAAAGUAGACCGCUACAUAUAUUUGUUAUCAAUGGUUCAUUUUCUCCUGGGAAUCUCUGAACACGUAGGAAAGGCACACUGAGUAUAUUUCUGUAUGCUACUGUUUUGGGCAGUCUCUGAAUUCCUGCGUGGUUCCCUUCCAAAUCCCAGUGUAGAGUUCCCUCCCAAACCCCGUGUAAAUCUAUCUCUCCUCAAGCAGUCAUUUCUCUGGACUCACGGUUGCCUUCUAUACGUUGACCUAGAUGGUAAGCUCAUUUAGGAAAAGAAACUUGUCCAAGCUUAUAAAGCACAUCAUCUAUUUAAGGUGCCACAAUAAUAAUAAAUACCUGUGGAAAUAUCAACUUUUUUCAUAAUCAGUUAUGCAGUUAGCCCAUGUUAAAGUUCAGAUUUUUGCACACAAACUUCAUUGUUCAGGAAAAUUUUCUUUUGUUAACAUUGCUUUUUGUGUGAUUUAAUCCAUCAAUGUUUGUGACCCAUGAAAAGAAAAUUCUAACAAACUUUCCCACAGAGACUUAGCUGGACAGUUGCUGUAUUAAAUCACUUGGGAGACUGGCUCUGGAGGUUUUAAAUAGUUACUGUUAGUACCUCAUAACAAAGAAAACCAGGACACAGCAAAUAAGCAAUGCUUAUUUGCUGGAGCAGCUGUUCUUAGUGCACAGUGCUCAGAUAAGAUGACAGCUGGGCUUUUCACAGCAAGUAGGCUUACAGAAGUAGGACAUUCUUUAGGUAUGUCUGAUACCUUAAGAAACAAAGUGACUUGGCAGCUAACUAAAGGGUCAAGGUACCCAAAUGGUCUUGGAAUUUUGUUAAAGUGUGCUCCUUUGCAGGUCACCAGGGGCUAGAUUCUUGAAGUGGAAUGCAGCUCUGCAAUUCUCAACAUAGUAACCUUAUGUAGGCCUCCAGCAGGAUUUAUAGUCUCCAUUAAAUGAGAAGCCUGGAAUGUGUGAUCUGGGAUCAGAAUACACCUGUAUUCUAUAUAUCUGUAUAUAGAAACAUUGAAUCCAGCAAACAGAAUGUGAAGUUCAGCACAGAGUAAUUCACUGUGCUUCAAAUAUGGACUCUGUAAAAUCAAUCACAGAGUAAGUUGCUUUUUUCUAAUAGGAUGUUCACUAAGUACAAUCUACCUCCUCCAAAGAGCCCCACUAUCUACCAGCUGCUUCCUUUGAGAAACUAGCUCUGCUCUUGCUCCCUCUGUAUAUGCAUCUCAGGAAGCACCUCAGCCUCAGGUUCUUCACAGCUGCACAUGUUCCCUCACAGAACAACUGGAGCUCUGCUUUAAAGGAGAACAGAAAGGGAUUUUUUUUAAAGUAAAAAAUGUAGGUACCUAUAGACUGUAUCUCUGAGGCCAGAGAGCAGCAGCUGGCUGCAUAGGGCUGAGGGUCUAAAGGUGGUACUGAGUAAUUAAGGUGGUAUUUAAACACCUAGACAUCCUUUCAGACUGGUGUUUUACCUUCAUGAACUGUUGAAAAGAAAAGAAAAAAAAAAGGUGGCAUGAAAUGCCUCCUUCUCUUUAGAAAAGGUGCUAGGUAAGCUGGAAAAGAAGACAUGCAAUUUCCAAAGUUUUUGGAAGUUUACUCAACCUAUUAUACACAGUGUUGGGAAUGUUUAUAGACAGAAUAUUGAAGAACAUGUUCCAUAAGGAAUUCACAUUCAGAGACUGAUAAUCAUCCAGCUAUUUAUUUUUAGUGACACACUUCAACUGCUUGUGUUUUGUUUAUCUGAUAAGCGGGCUUGGAAAUACCAGCUACUUAGUUUAUGUGUCCUUUUGUGAUGUAAUUAACACCACAACAGCAUCAUCAUUUUCACUUUGGAGCACAUUUCCUACUUUUAAUUUUCUAUUUUUUUCUUUCUGAAUUCCAUUCAUUUCUCAUUCUAGGUUUUACCUGGCUUUAAAAUAAAUCCCUUGUAAAUUCUCCUGCAAAUGAAAUUACUUGGAAAACUGCAAUUUCACCUGAGAGUUUUAUUAUGCUAAUAAAUGUCAGAAUUCUCAAGUGAAGGAAUUGCUUUUUUUCCCCUUUUUUCAUAGCCCUACAGAAAUAAUGAAAAAUAGCCAGCCAAUUCAUAGUUACCAGGAAAGAAAAACUCAACAAUACAUAACCAGAAACAGCAGCAAUAAAAUGCAGUGCAUCUUAACCGAAGAUAAAUUUUGAAGGAAAUAAAAGGAGAUCAGAGCAAGCAGAAGUUAAGAAGAACAGAAUCUUUCCUUGGUAGAGAUGUGCAGCUGCUGUCAAUAUACUUGAGGGCUGUGAGCAAAGUACAGGUGUAGAGAUGUUUUCUAAGCUAACAAAUGCUUCUUGUUGCCUUCGGAAAAAGAAUUAAAAAUUGGACUAUUGAAAGGUAACCAGUUAGUAGGAAGUAUAGAGGAGAAAGCAGUGGAGUAAAAAUGGAAAAUUAACAAGGAAGGGAAAAAUGUGCUUAUCCCAUUGUUUUGAAAGCAUGUUGUAGUUUUGCUGCUCUGAAAGACUGGGCGCUGCUACCUCCCUUUCACUCUGCAAGUGUUUUGAGCUAAAUCUACAUUUGAGCUAGAUUUUACACUCUCAGUCUGUAAGAGCUGGGAUGGUCCAUACUGCAGCCUUGAAUGCUGCAUGUGCUUCACACUGUCUGCCUCUACAUUUAGUGCUGUCUGAAGCUGCUCAUCACUGUAUACAAAUGUUUUUAGUGCUGCACUUUCAUUGUCUGGAAAGGCUAGCUUUAUUCUGUUACAGAGUGAUCUUCAAGUCUUGCUUUCUGAUCCGUUUUUCUAGUGUUAGCUAUUGUUGAGUUGGAAGAAGUGCAUGUUAUGGAUUUCCAUUAUAAGAUUUCCUGUCAAUAUUUCUUGUCAAUGAGACUGCUGGGAAUGUACUGAGAUACCUAUUAUGGUAAUUCUGUUUCAUAUGGAAAAAUGUUACAGCAAUAAGGAAAACUUUAAAACUUCUAAAUGAGCUGAACUUUUCUUCAUAUCUGUUUCACAGCAAUAAAAUAUGGCACACAAGGUCCCAAGCUUGGUUGCAAAUAUCGUUGAAAAAGCAGCUCUUGAGGAUUUAUUCUUGCUUCUUCUUGGAUCCACAUAUGCAUCUGUUCUUUAUAAUUUUUUUUUUAAUCUGUUAUUGUACAUGGACAUCUCCAAUUUAAUACCUCUCUCUUCUCUAAAAGACAGCAAAAACCAAGCAAAGAAAUUGACAGCAACCAUGGGUGAGAUUUUCAAGGCUAUUCGAAGAAUGUCGAUGCCAGUCUAUUACCUCUUAUAAUGACUGUAAUGAAACAAUUAUGUAGUAUGUGUAUUUGCAUAUUAGCUUUAUAAAAGAUCCAGGGCAACUAUGAAGUGGUAAAUCUCUAUUGUGCUGAACAAGUACCGAGCAAAAGAAUAUAGCCUGUGCAUUAAGAAAGAGAGACCUAAAAAUUUUAGUUAUAACAGGGUUUGUUUUCAGAUUUACUGAGAAGAAACUGUUUCCAAAGACCAGAUUUGGAGUGAGAAAUUCCACUGGAUUUCAGUGACUUUGAAUCAAAUUAACAAAAUCUAUUUCGUUGCUGAGGUGAGCCAAGAUUAAUACACUGACUACAGUAAAACAAUUCAGUUUUGUAUGAACUAGGGAUCCACUUCUGCUCAUUCUUCCCUCAAGUCCCCACUGAAUAUAGAGCAUUAAUAGAGUUACACCACAUUUCACUGCAGUCUAAAUUCUUCUCUUUACAGAAUGCCACAACACAAACCUGAUCUCAGGUGUAAUGUGGUAAUUCACAGUGGGAGAAAUUUUUCUCUUCUCUUCUCUUCUCUUGAAUGAAUAAAUUUGUUUGCAUAAUUAACAGCUUGGACGUUAUUUUUCAACGAUUUUCAAGGACUGACUUUUCUAUUUUAUUAAGCCUUCGUUUUAAGAUUCCUUUUUCCCUUCCAAAGGGGAUAGGGUCAGUGACCUCCUAUAAGUAAUGUGUCCCUGGCUGGGCUAUCAAUUGGAGAAUGAGGUGUUUGCACUUGACCAAAUGUUUGAUUUGUGUUUCCUGAGAUGAGUCUUCUGGAUACAUAGUCUCAUGGUAAUGAUGCGUGAUGGAUUUUUAUAGCUAAUUUCUUGCCAUGUAAGUGCUGUGUUAAACCUUCUCUUCAAAUAUUUGUUUACUGCUAGUGAUUAGUCCUGCAGCUUGUGUG